CCUGCACUUAUAAAUAGGGAUCGGUGUGCCUCUGAUAUUCAUCAUCCACAUCACAAACACAAAACAACCACAAAACUCAAAAUCCAAAAAAUGGCUAAUUUCUCCAGUUUUCACGUUCUCUUAUUCGUGUUCAUCACAAGCGGCGUUGCUGUUUCCGCCACCGUCUUCACUUUGGAGAAUCUUUGCCCUUACACCGUCUGGCCCGGAAUUCUCACCGGAAACGGAGGAAAAGCCCUCGGCGACGGCGGAUUGGAAUUAGCUACAGACGCUUCCGUACAGCUCACGGCACCUCCGGGAUGGACAGGCCGGUUCUGGGCUCGUACCGGCUGCAAGUUCGACUCAACCGGACACGGUAUAUGCGUCACCGGAGACUGCGGCGGCGUCCUAAAAUGUGCCGGCGCCGGUGGAGUUCCACCGGUCACUCUGGCUGAAUUCACCGUUGGAGGCAAAGAUUUCUACGACGUGAGCCUCGUCGACGGUUACAACGUGAAGAUGGGGAUAAAACCUCAGGGAGGAUCCGGAGAUUGCAGAUACGCAGGCUGCGUCGCCGACCUAAACGCGAUUUGCCCUGAAGAGCUUCGUGUCAAGGAUCAGCAGAACAAUGUGGCGGCGUGCAAGAGCGCAUGCGCGGCGUUUAACAAGGAGGAGUAUUGCUGCAGCGGAGCUCAUUCGACGCCGGAGACUUGUGCUCCGACGAAUUACUCGAUGACGUUCAAGAAAGCUUGCCCUAGCGCAUAUAGCUACGCUUAUGACGACGCAACAAGCACCUUCACUUGUUCUGGUGCUAGCUACUUGAUCACUUUCUGCCCCACCACUUCUUAAUUAUAACCGGAGAUCCGAUCUCCGGUUUAAGAUUCGGGCCGGGUUUCUAUCUCCGCGUUUUGUUUGCUUGCUAUGUACGGAAAGAUGAAUAUCUUCUUCCACUUUUAUGAUUUUCCUCAAGUAUUCAGUUGUUGUUACAACUCAGCUGAUGAUUUGAAUAAAAUAAUUAAUAUCAAGAAUAUAUUACAUGUGUGA